AGAGGACAGGAGUUUCCCAGCCACCGAGGAUCUAUCUUGUGCUUCAGAUAAUUUGCUCCUUUGAAGUGUUCUCUGACGGGACCAAUCUCACCAUUAGGCAGAAAGAGGAGUGGAGUGUGAAUAGGCCACUUACUUUGCACUCCAUUGGAACAACAGAGAAACCUGGUAUUAUGGAGACUGGAGAAACCAAGGAACAAGAGAAGAACCAGCAGAUCAACGAACUGCAGCAGAAGUCAGAAAUGACUCAAAAUGCAUUUGAAGGAGAGAGUGAGGCAGGAAAAGCAGAGACUGGUGAGAAAGAAACUAAAGAGGACGGAAAGUUUGCAGAAGAAACUGGGAAAGAGGUGGAUGAUGCAAGUGAAUUAGAGAAAGCAAAGAUGGCUGCUGGGAAUGAGGUGCAUGGAGAGAAGGAGGCUGGGGUAACUGAGGCUGCUGGACUUGAGGCAAAGCAGAAGGAAGAAUCUACAGAAGAGGCUUCUGAAUCUGAAAAGGGGACGGCAUCCAAGGCAAGCCAGAAGGAGAAAACAGUCAAAGAAAGCAGCCAACCAGAAUCUGAAGGUGUAUCUGAGACCAAAGAUGAUGUUUCUGGAAAACCAGAAGACCUACAGAGAGAGGACGGGAAAAAGGCUGAUGUUCUGAAGAAAAAUGCCAAGGAAGAGGGUCGAAGUGGCAGCACUUCUGAUGAGCCUCUUUCACCAGAACCUGAGGAGGAAGAGGAGGAAUUCUGGCCAGAAUUCCCUCCUCGUUCUCCUGAAGCAAGUCCACAAAGCCCCACCGAGCUCAAAGGUUUGGAGGCAGGUGGCAUUACUCCACCAACGACCGCUCCAGAAGCUGCUCCAGCGGAAAUCACCAGCCCUGAAGCUGCCCUGAAGGGAGAGAAAGAGCCCCCUUCUGCUGCACCAGAGGAAGCAGCUACUGCCAAAGAGAAAAAGAAGAGGCCUGCUUUUGACCGAAGAGAGAUAACCAGGCCAAGGAUGCCACCCAGGGGACAGUCCCGCAAAGCCAUUGUGGAGAGGUUUGGAGGGGCUGCAACUGGUCCUGCCCCCAAUAUCAAGAGGACUGGAGGUGCAAACACUGUGAAGACCAUGUUGCUGGAAUGGUGUCGGGCCAUGACCCGUGGCUAUGAACAUGUGGACAUUCAGAACUUUUCUACCAGUUGGAAAAGUGGCAUGGCUUUUUGUGCCCUCAUCCACAAGUUCUUUCCUGAUGCCUUUGACUAUGCAAACCUUGACCCAGCAAAUCGGAAAGAGAAUUUCACCCUGGCCUUCUCUACUGCUGAGAAAUAUGCAGACUGUGCUCAACUUCUGGAGGUGGAGGACAUGGUGCGCAUGAGUGUUCCUGAUAAUAAGUGCAUCUACACCUAUGUCCAGGAACUUUAUCGCAGCUUGGUGGAGAAAGGGCUAGUAAAGACCAAGAAGAAAUAGAAAUGCAAAGCAGGCUUUGGUUUGAGGCUCAUGGGAAGCUAUAGAAAAACUUGGUGGGGGCAGGUAAGAAGGUUUCUGUGGUUCUCAUCUUCAAAGGGGACUAGCUCCUUGAAAUUCUUGAAUCACAUUAAUUGCAAUUAGAUAAAACCAAAAGAAAUUGAAAAAUAAUAGAAGGUUUGAGUUCUUGCUAAUUGGUAGCACCUGGCAAAGAAGAAUUUUAGUCAUAAUUUGUUUUUAAACUAUUCCCCCAUCUUCCAGAUCUAGCACAGAACACCUACACAUGUUUAGGUAUGAGGGCUAAAAAAAUUAAGGUUUCAUAUUUAACUUAAAAAUCUUCAACAUAUUCCUUGGAUUUUUUUUUUUUUUUGCAUAACCAAUAUUAUUGUCCCACCCUCAGAAUUUGUUGUGGUCCGCCAGCAGCCAGCAGAGCUGGCAGCAGAUUAGGACAGUGAGGAGAUUGGGGAGGAAUGUGGGCCAGUCCUGGAGUCUGGGGAAGGCUCGGACGAUGGCUCUGAGUCAGAGGCAGAGAGGGGGCCAAAGCCAUCUGGUAGUUCUUUGCUGCCUCCGGAGUCUCCAAAGUCUGACAUCAGCAAGGCAGAAGAACAGCGUGAGCCUAUUCCCAGUGUGCACAUGCGCAGAGCUGCCAGGAGGCAGGAACAAUUAAGGAAACAGGGUCAAUUUGGGAGUAAGGCUUGGAGAUGGUUGGCUCCUCCCAUAAGACAUAAAAGAGAAGCGAAUGGGACAUGAGCUUUUGCAGGAAGCAAUUAGUUCAUCUGGCCGAUUCAAGAUUUGAAACUUCUGUUUGUGACUCUGUGCCAAGUUUGGUCUUGCCCUGCAUCUGGAAAUUAGCUCUUUGGCAGCAUUCCACAUGAGAUAGGUGGGUGUUGAUAACUUUCCUUGAAAGACUGUUUAUUAAGUUUUGCGGACUAUAAAUGAAAGUAAUUUACAGCCGUAUGAAUUAAAGAGGUUUGCCG